AGCAUCACGAUCGAAACAACCACCGGGGAGAACGAACGAACGAAAGAGCGAGCGAAGCGGUCCCUUUAAGAAAGAGCGUUUCUUAACAAAAAUAAAGCUGUCGACUGAAAAAAAGUUGUUUUUUUAAGGUCUGGAAUUGUGGACGUUUGAAGGUACUCCGUUUUGCAGCACACCCACGAAAUCUUCCCGGGGAUAACUGAAUUUUGGUUCGAAUGAAACAGGAGAAACAUGGUGGACGUUCAGAGGGGGCACUGAAAGAGGCUUUUUAAAUAUUUAAGAAGCUGUUUUUCGUCGUGAACUGUAGCCGUUUGAAGCCGAGAGGUGCCUUUGGUUAUUUGGUAUUAAAGUCGGAUUUUGAAAAGGAGAGCGGUGGAGAGCUGAAGAAACCGGAGCAGCCAUCCAGCAACAUGGGAAAAACGGGGCAAGUUGAUUGAAAGAAAGUCGGCAACAUCAACAGAAAAAGGGUGCCUAGAACUUGUUUUUGUGUUGUUGUGCUGCUGCAGCAGCAGCUAUCUAGAGCGCAUUCUGGAAUGCGUAUUGCCGCGAAGAACUGCUUUUUAAAAUAUGAAACCUUUUUAACAUUUUUAAUUGUCCAGCUCGGUAAUUACACAUUUCUUCUGUGCGCGAACUUGUGUUUUUUAUUUUUAUUUUCAAGCUGCUUUUGUGCAGUGAGAAUGAAGAAAAGCUUUCUUUACAUCACCAGUGUUAAAUUUCAGUGAGUCGUUGUAUCUAUAUGUAGGUCAGCACUUGAAGUACCCCGGUUAAAUGUGUUCACUGAUAUUAUAUGAAAACGUUAUUUGAGUGAACGAGGGAAAAAAAGUUUAUAAUUUUUUUCUAACUUAUUAACCAUGUACCUCGAAGAAAUGGGAUGUGCCUCAAGAUGACUGAAUCAGUUACCAGUUAAAUGUGGAGUAUUGCCCCACACUUUACAACUAUAUACCAGGAAUGGCUUUGAGAUAAAGUAGAUUACAUGGUGACUUGCUGGAGAUGCCAAGGAAGGAGCUGCCGUUGCCAGAGGGUUGGGAAGAGGCCCACGAUUUCGACGGAAAAGUUUAUUAUAUUGAUCACAAAACUAAAACCACAAGUUGGAUCGACCCAAGAGACAGAAACACUAAACCUCUGACGUUUGCUGACUGCAUUGGAGAUGAACUUCCAGUUGGUUGGGAAGAGGCAUAUGAUCCACAGGUCGGAGCAUAUUACAUAGACCAUAACACAAAAACUACACAAAUAGAAGAUCCCCGAAUACAAUGGCAGCGGGAACAAGAGCGCAUGUUGAAGGAGUACUUGGGUGUUGCAGCUGAUGCUCUAAAAGCACAGAAAGAGAUCUAUCAAGUCAAAGAGCAACGACUAAAGAUUGCACAGCAAGAAUUCACAAAUUUAAAUGAUGUUUGGAAAGACAAAUCUACUUCUCAAACAAGCUUAAAUUCCGGCUCAUCCUCCAGUAGCAAAUAUGACUCUGAUAUUCUUAAAGCUGAAAUUGUAACAGCAAAAAGUAGAGUAGAUAAGCUUAAGAAAGAACUUGCUUACAUGAGACAAGAGCUCCAGUAUAAAGAACAAGGCUAUGAAACAUUAAAAGAAGUUGACCAGAAGAUGUCCAUUACUCAGUGUGGCUUUAAAUUGGAUGAAGCACAAGCUAUUGUUAGUGAAGUAAGAAGAAUCAAAAAGGCCAUUAAUUCUGGAGAAAAGGAAAAGUAUGAACUUAUGCAGACCUUGGCUAGGCUAAAGGAUGAAUUCAGAGUUGAUUCAAGGUAUCAAUUGGACCUUUGGCCAAGCAGUUCUUCCCUCAAUGAUUCAAAUCGAUCCUUACCCCGGCUUUUUUCAGAUGCUGGAUCUCAAACUAGUUUGCCAGAUUUUUCAACAAGCAAUAACAACAAAUUAGCUGAGAAAGUCAGGUUAAGCCUGAAGUAUGAAGAAGCAAAGAAAAGGAUAGAAAAUAUUGAAGUUCAAAUAGCAAAAGUGGAUAGUGAGGCUUGGCCUGGCUUACUUGAUCCAGAAAGGGAUCGCUUAAUCCUAAUAAAUGAGAAGGAAGAGCUUUUAAAAGAACUGCAGUAUAUGAGACCUCGCAAGAAAGCUGCAUGUGAUGUUGAAAGACUAGACCUGGAGAGAAAGCGUUUGGAGAAGGACCUUCAGGCAGCCCGGGAUAAUCAAAGUAAAGCACUGGCAGAAAGGUUAAAGCUACAUAGCAGAAGAAGUAAAUUGGUCCGGGAACUUGAAGAGACUGCUCGUGUAGCUUCAUUGAUUCAUGCCCAACUAAAAAGCCUUUCUGCCAGUACACUUUCAUGUUCCUCAGGCAGCAGUAAGAGUUCAUUGGCAUCCAGCAUGGGGUCACUUGCCAACUCUAGCCAAGGCUCCUCUUCUUCACUAAGCUUUACUGAUGUCUUCUUUGAUCAGCCAGAGUCGAGUGAUCCUGACUACCAGUAUAAACUAGACUACAUGCUUCAGGAGGUAGCCACAAGUUUUCGACCGUCUAGUUCUAUAACUACAAUUCACGAAAAUGAAAUCAUAAACACUAAAAUGAACUUGGGUACUCCAAUUCAGACACUGAAAAUAGCUGAGACACCUGGUUCUGUGACUUCACUUUCACCUCGAUCUUCCAUAUCUUCCUUAUCGCCUCCUUGCUCUCCACUUGUGUCAGACUCUCAUUUUUUGGCUGGAGAUGCCUUCUUGAAUCAUGAUAACAUUGGCAUGGACCUUGAGUUGUCAGGACGACUUGCAGAUCUCCAUGUUAACACUUGUAUGGAAAAUAAACAGCUUUUUGACAGCACGGUGCCUCUCUCUCACAUUCACUGUAUAACUCAGGAAACUGAUGUCAAACAAGACUUGGGAAGCACCGGUCCAGACUCUACUAAAGAUGGCAGUUUACAGAUAAAAACCACAGGAGCUUUACCUCACAAAGUGGGUGUGUUUUCUGCUAUAUCUGAUGAGUCUGUUGCUGGGGACAGCGGUGUCUAUGAACCUUCUGUGGAUCGUCCCUUUAAAGUAGCAGAUACAGUUGUUAAUGAGGAACGUGGAUCGCUUGAUACUCCGCAGAUUCAACUGGGAAUGAAGUAUGAUGUUAAAGAAAAAAGAUUUGCCUUAUAUGUAGUUCAGCUUAGCAAUGCGGCAUCAUUUGUUGUGCCACCAAAUGAAAAAGUGUAUGUUCGUAUUGCUGUGCUCCCAUGCUCUGAAACAACAAGUUGUCUUUUUCGAACAAAGGCAGAAUUUCCCCAAGAAUAUAUCCGAUUCAACGAAGUGUUCUGGGUGGCUAUAUCACAUGUUGCUUUAUGCCAGAAAACUAUGAGAGCUGAUGUUUGUUGUAUGACUAAAUCCCUUCAAGAGCAAUGUCUGGCAGGGGCUCAGAUUAGUCUUGCUGAAGUGAGCUGCAGUGGUGAAAGGUACACCUCUUGGUACAAUCUACUUAACUACAAAUACAUGAAGGAACUUAGCAGAAUGCACAAAAUACAAGAUGAUUCCACAAAGCGUGAAAUGCCAUCUGUGAAAUUGCAAAAUACAGAAAUAGAGCUGGAAGCUGAAGAGAAUGUGCUUGAAAACAAGGAAAGCAUCUUACCUCCAGAAGAAUAUUGGCAGAAGGACAAUAUGGAUUAUGAUAUAUCACUUAAUAAAAGUGGUGAUGAAGAAUUCGGUCAAGUACAAGAGGCCUCGCAAAGUGCAGAGACAAUACAGUGGGAUGAACAGCUAAUAACCGAAUGGACAUUUGACAAUGAAACAUUACAAAAAGUGGACAAGGAAACCAUCACCGAAAAUAUUCCACAAGGUGUUUCCGUUGUUCGUCCAAAGGAACGCAGAGUUGCUGUUCCCCAACAGAAUCUUUUUGUAAGAGGAAGCACAAUAAUACGUUCAAAAACAUUUUCACCUGGAGCACAGUCGCAGUAUGUGUGUAGGAUAAAUAGAAGUGAUAGUGACAGUUCAACAUUAUCCAAGAAGUCUCCAUUUGUAAGAAAUGCUUCAGAGAGGCGAAGUGUUCGAGUGAAAAAGCCAAUACUUCCAGCUAAGGGCCUUGAUAGCCUGUUACGUACAUCUCUAGAUUUGGAAUUGGACCUGCAGGUGUCUAGGACAAAACAUAAUCGACUAAACCAAGAAAUUGCCGUUUUAAAGGAUUUAAAAGAACAUCUUGAACAGGCAAAAGCAAAGGGAGAAACGGAGCUUCCUAGCUGGGUUGUGGAAGAUGAGAGAUUCAAGCUCUUGCUCAAACAAGCAGAGAAACAGACAAAAGAAGAACAAAUACAAGAACAACUGGUUCAUAAGAUGAUGAAGAUGGCAGCUAAAGAUGUGCACAGGAUAUGUGGGCAAAACCGAAAAGAAGUAUAUGAAGUGCAAUCAUUCCGAGAGAAGAUGGCAUUUUUCACACGGGCAAAAAUUAAUGUUCCUGAUUUGCCUGUGGAUGAUGUGUGAGGAUUUUCAAGUAUUUACAUUAGCUGCUGAACUGUAACACAUACAAGUGACUGAUCCUGUAAUAUUAUAUGAAGAAAAAAUAAGCAAACCAGAAAUCAAUGUUCCUUGUUUGAAUGUACAGAUUUAUAGUUUUAUUCUUUUACUGUAUAUAGAUAAUAUUAAAUAUAAUUGGCAGGACAUUUGAGUCUUAUCAUUGAAACAUAUAAAGGUAAAAAUAUAUUUCUUCUAUGACAUUAAAUUUUAAAAAUGUUCCAAUCUCUUGUUUUCUUUGAAUUCCAUAAGGAUUUAAAUGGGCAUUUGUAGAUGCAGUUAAAAUUAGGCAAUUAUUGUUCCCCAGAAGGAAAAUUUAAUAAUAAGAUCAGUUACAAGUGUUGAAUUUUUCUAGCUCUUCUCAGGUCUAGUCAUUUUUGAAAUUAUUUUUCUAAGAAAAAAUGAAUGUGCUGACUUCACUUUUGGUGUGGGUUUUAGGGUGUGGAGUUGCUACAGUUAGAAAAAUAAAUCACCAGCUGUUUGGUAACAUUUUAUGUACAAAAUUACACUACAGAGAUUUUUGAUUCUUUGUCUUAGGAUUUUUUAUGGAGUGCCAUUCAGUUCAGUACAUUUCACAACAAAAUCUUAAAGUGAAUACAUCAUAGGGUAAAUAUAUUUAAAGUAAAAUCUAUAUUUUAUCUAAAUAUACCAAACAGCUAAUAAGUAAUAUGCUGUAUGUUUCCUAGGAUAAAAGAGCAUUGUAUGGAGAGUGAUUUUAUUUUUUUUUUAAUUGUAAAAAUGUGCCAUUCCAUUUGGAAUUCUGUAACACAGCUUUUUAGUAUGCUAUAUUGUAUGCUAAAAUAUGGGUUUUGCUCUUUUGCGUUCAGCUUACAUAUAAGCAAAGUAAGAAAUUUCCAAAUAGAUUCCAGUAAAUGCCUGUCUCCAUGAUACAUGCUUGAAAUGCUUUUUCAUAUUCUUGAUAGGACUAUGAUUUGCAUGGCAAUGCAUAAAGAACAAAUCAAUCAAAUUAAUUUACGUCAAAAGCUUUUAUGUGCUAUUCUGAGAAGUGUGUGUGUAUAGUACAGUAUAAUCUGUACGUAAAACGUCCCAACUGAAUGUUUCGAUAAUGUACUGCAUACACAGAUUCUGAAUGGAUAUUGUGAACAAUCCAUCAUAUGAUGUCUCAUUUUGCUUUGUAAUGAAUAUAAUAUGAUACAAGUCUAAUUUGCCACGUAUUAGUUAUCAACAUUCUGUAGUGUAAUACAUAGUUUCAACUACGUGACAUUUUCAUUUUUCAUGCGUUACUGGAUGGCUCUUAUUUUUGUUGUCUUGUUAACAUCAGCAUAACUCAGGUACUAUAAAGUAGCAUACAAGCACUUUUUAAUAUUUUUUUUUUCUAUCUGAAAUUUACUGUUGAGUAUUUGUUUGAAUAUUCAACUUAUAUAUAAAUACUAUCUGGGGCUGGUUCCUGGCAUAGUGACUCCUGAUCUUGAAACAGGCAUUGAAUCUUUCCCUUUAGGGUUUAUGUAACGAAACGCACAUCCAGACUUAAGGGCCUUUAAAAUCACCAGAAGUUUUGCCUAUUUAAAAAAACUGAUGAUAAUGUGUGCGUUUAAAAUGUUGUUUUAAGUUAGCAAUAUUUUCUUAAGGCUCAAACUAGCUUAUGGUUGUUCAUGCGACUGAAUUAAAAAUAUAAAGCCUCAAUGGCUCUCCACAACAACAGAUUCCCACCAAAUCUAAACAUUUAAACAUUUAUGAUUAAUAUUUAUCUUUUUAUUUUAAACAAACUUGCAAAAACACUCAAAAGUUGUUUUUUUUUUUUUAUAAAAUAUAAAUUUAAACUCCCAGGCUCAUUUAAUAUUAUGCAUUUCAAACUGGGUUUGAAAAUAUCUUUGCUGUACUUACCUGCACAAACUCGCAAAUACAUGUGAUAACAGUAGACUCCAAUGAAAUGUGUAGCAUGAAUUUGUUACUGGAAAUCCUGUAAUGCAGCAGAUGACUUCAGACUUUGCUUAAAAGUGUAAAUACACUCUGCAUCUGUGUUUAUCAGUAUACUUCAUGAUGUUUGCUUGAGCUGUAUGCUUGAAGUAGUCCUAUUCACUGUGCUUUCAGUAAUUUACUCUGGAUUACACUUUAAUAAUAAAAUAAAAAAUACAUGUCUAUACCUUCAUUAGAAAGUGAUACUGUGGAAUGGUGGCACUACAUAAAACCUCUGAAAUGUGAAUCACAGCUUAGCAUUACAAUUGUUGUUGGUCUUCAUUUUAUGUGGCACUUUUCUUCUCAUGAUAACAGCAACUUUUUCUUUAUCUAAGUAUCUGAGGUGACUGGAUACUAAAAUAUCAGUUAUUUAAAAUACAUCUUUCUAAAAAUUUUCCAGUCCUUGUUCAAAUUUUGUUGACUUUAACAUUGCUGUUAAUUAGUCAAAAAAGGUGUUUAACUAAUUAAGUCAUUAUAUGUAUGUUCUUCAUUUGUUUGUUUAGUCCUUAAAAAUACUUUGCACAAUUUUCUUCAAUUCAUUCUAUAAACGUAUAUAAUUCUCUCUGACCUUAUGAUGAACUGGAUUUAAUUUCAUGACACAUGAAAUGAAAUAUUUGAGACUGUUUGUUUGAUUUUUCAUGAACUUGACAUUGUUUUCAUUGUUUGUAAUAUGUGUUUGAAAUAGUUUAUUUCCAUUAUUUUUUACUAAGGAUGUUAUUGGGAAAGUUGAGCUUUUAACUUGUACUAUACCCCUGCUAUGGCAGCAUGUUAUUCUGUAUUUGAAUUUGGGCAUUUCUGAGCAAAGUUUUAAAUGCAGAGGCAUGUUAAAGUACAAUAUAUUUUAUUAACUAAUUAGCAUUCCACAUGACCUUGACCAUCAUAUUUGUGUGUCUUGAACCCUCAUUUCAAAUGAACUCAUCUGUUAUUGUCUUACCUAACUCGGCUUCAAUGAUGGGCCACCUACUUACCUACGUUCUCACUUUUACACACCACCCAUUACCUUGACAGUUGAGUUGCAUCCUGGUAUCCCUGUUCUGGAUGAGAUUCUGUUGGUGUUUGUGUGAAGCAUCAUAACUAUAAAAUCUGAAUUGCAUUUCAUCUGGUUCCUUCCCUUUUAAAAGUUGCCUAGGAUAAUUACAACAGGGGAGCAAGACUCCCAACAACAUAACUCUAAAGAAAGUCAGGGCAAGCCAGUCUCUUCCCCUAAAUUGCCAUCCAAGAAGUAAUAUGUUUUCUAAUUUUAAAUUAAGGAUAUGAGAUUAAAAGGUUUUAGAAAAAGAACAGCAAAAUAACAUUACUAGUGUAACACUAAGUAUAUGGUGGCUGUGAGACUAAGGAUCUAUGCUGAUGUCUGGAAGGUUGCUGGUUUGAAUCCCCGUUAAUGCUAAAAGAGAUCCUACUCUGCUGGGCCAUUGAGCAAGGCCCU